GCCCUUGCUCGACAUCAUCGUGUGUUGUACUCAAUGGCGGUAUUUCUCUGGUAAGAGUGAAUUUUUCUGCAAAUUUUCGGAGACUCGGCUAUAAAUAUAAAUGUUGAUCUCAGAAUUGUGCGAGCGCGCGAGGACGCGCCGGAGUUGAGUCGAGUGGCACUCGUAUCAUCGUCAUGAUGACGAUGGUGCUCAUGUAACAGUCUCAGAUACGCCGUCGUCGUCGUUUAACGUGCCCGAGGGGAGCCUUUUGGCUAAAUGUCAGGGUACCCGUUCUUAUGCCAGCUGCAGAAUAUCCUACUCCGAUGAGCCGCCGUUGAGCGCACGUUGCUACUAGUUUGCACGUUCGCGGUUAACAAGGAUGGGCUUCUCCACGAGCCUGCAGGGUCAGGCAUCGCACGAGGCGCUGCUGGCUAGGCAGGAUGCCGAGAUCAAGCUCCUGGAGACGAUGCGCAGGUGCAUCACGACGAAGGUCAAGUCCGACCGGGAGUAUGCCUCUACCAUUUCCUCGCUCACCUCGCAAGGGAAGAAGAUUGAGCGCAACGAGGAGCUCGUUGGCAGUCUCAUAUUGCAGAGCUGGAGAGACAUAAUGGACUCGAUUGAUCAGACGGCGAAGCUAAUUAAGCAGCAAGCGGAUUCUAUUGAGAAUAUAGUUGUUGAGCAAUUAAGUAUGUUAUAUUCGGAGAGAAGAAGAGCCAGGAAGCUCUAUCAAGAGGAGCAGACCUGGCUGAACAAUCAGUUUCAGCAGUUGACAGAUGAUGUGACUAGGAAAAAAAUGGAAUAUCAGAAGAAUCUGGAGGUGUAUAAAUUAAUGAGGUCGCGAUUCGAAGAGUAUUAUGUUAAGUCUGGUAGGGGAGGUCGCAAGUUAGAUGAAGUGAGAGAAAAGUAUCAGAAAGCAUGCAGGAAGCUGCAUCUGACACACAAUGAAUAUGUACUACUGCUGGGUGCAGUGACGGAAUGCGAACAUGAUUUGAGAACUUGUUACUUGCCAAGUUUGCUUCAUCGGCAACAAGCUAUUCACCAAGAAUUUAUAACUUCAUGGAAAGGAAUACUUCAGGAUAUUGUAAAAUACUCAGAUUUUACAACAGAGAAAUUUCUGGAGAUCCAUGUACGAGUGCAAAAGGUAGUCGAUGGUGUCAAGCCUAUCGAAGAAUAUAGAGAUUUCAUUGGAAAGCACAAGACGAGGCCAGCAUCUCCAAUCAGAUUCACAUUUGAUGAGAAUCUUGUGGACGACACUUCAGGGAAAUUAUCACCAAAUAAGCUAACUGUAGAUAAUUUAACCAUAGAUUGGCUAAGAGGUCGUCUCACGGAGCUUGAGACUUCUCUCAAAACUACACAACAAAAUCGACAGAGCCCACAAUUUCCGCAAGAGAAUAAUAGUGAUUCUAGAAUUUCAAUCUUGGAUUAUUCUCGCGAAAGGGAAGAACUGAGAUUACGUUGUCAAGAGAAAAAAUUGCAAAGACAAGUGGAUGUUAUCAGAGGUGCUCUCAACGAAUUAGGCUGUGAGGAAUUACCGUCAGGUUGCGAUCUUUCUAUGGAAGGUUCUUUCACUGAAUCGUCUACAAUUAACAAAAGGAACACAGUCGCAGACAGUGGUUUGUUCACACUAAGAAGAAAUCAGCGAUUUAUAACAAUGUUAAAAUCACCUUUCAAAUCUUUGCCAGCAAUUACCGAUUCGAAAAACGGAGUGAUUAGAGCAAAUAGUGAGGGGCCUACGAUCAAAGCAGACAAUAAUAUCCCCCCCGUUGCACCAUUGCGUGUAACUUCGCAUUUAACUAACAAUCAAAAAACUAAUGGGAACGGCGGUCUCACGGAAGAGGAAUGGUUCCACGGGGUCCUACCGCGAGAAGAAGUUGUACGAUUACUCGUCAACGAAGGAGAUUUUUUAGUACGCGAAACGAUGAGGAAUGACGAGUGUCAAAUAGUUUUGUCCGUUUGCUGGGACGGACACAAGCAUUUUAUCGUGCAGACCACGCCAGAGGGGCACUACAGAUUCGAGGGACCUACGUUCCCGUCCAUUCAAGAAUUGAUCAAGCAUCAAUGGUUGUCUGGCUUGCCGGUGACUAGUCGAUCUGGUGCUAUUCUGAAGACGCCGAUCCUGCGCGAGCGGUGGGAGCUCAAUAACGAUGAUGUCAUCCUUUUGGAGAAAAUAGGCCGAGGGAAUUUCGGCGAUGUUUAUAAAGCACAACUGAAGACUGGCAAGACCGAGGUGGCGGUGAAAACAUGCAAGGUGACUCUGCCGGACGAGCAGAAGCGCAAGUUUCUACAAGAGGGGAGAAUAUUGAAGCAGUACGAUCAUCCGAACAUAGUCAAAUUGAUCGGUAUCUGCGUGCAGAAGCAGCCGAUCAUGAUCGUGAUGGAACUGGUACCUGGUGGUUCGUUACUUACCUAUUUACGGAAGAACGCUGGUACGAUAACGCAGCGGGAGCAACUGCGUAUGUGUAAGGACGCCGCAGCUGGAAUGAGCUACCUGGAAUCGAAAUAUUGCAUCCAUAGAGAUUUAGCCGCUCGCAAUUGCCUCGUGGGAUACGAAUGCAUAGUCAAAAUCUCCGACUUUGGGAUGUCCAGAGAGGAGGAAGAGUACAUAGUUUCGGAUGGCAUGAAACAGAUUCCUAUCAAGUGGACCGCGCCGGAGGCCUUGAAUUUUGGUAAAUACACGUCGCUUUGCGACAUAUGGAGUUACGGAAUUCUGAUAUGGGAGAUAUUCUCCAAAGGCGGUAAUCCGUACAGCGGAAUGUCCAACUCGCAGGCACGUGAAAAGAUAGACGCAGGAUAUCGAAUGCCAGCUCCGGACGAGACACCCGAAGAGAUAUAUCGAUUAAUGCUACGGUGUUGGGAAUACGAGCCGGAGAAACGGCCACAUUUCGAGCAGAUAUACACCGUGGUCGAGACAUUAUCUCAAGCGUAUCUAUAAGUAUUAUGUUGAGAGUAUUUUACAGACACGAAACAGUAUAAAUUGUUGCUCUAGCUUCUUGACAUUUAUUUUGUACAUUUGCAUGUUCCGAAAUCCUAAUGAUAAUGGAUGUAUAAAAGGAUAUUGGAGCUUUACGACUUAUAUAAAAUGCUCGCAACCAAAUCAUAUUUUAUCCCAUCAAUACGUAUCUACAUACAUUUGUUGUACAUACCAGUUUGAAACGCGUACUGCUGAUUGCCAUUAUGCCGUUGCGAAAUAGCGCCAACGUGAAUGCCAUUGUCUUACAUUUUGCCGAUUUCUUUAGAAAUUAUUCUAUUUCUCCGUCCAUACAAUUCAAUUCGCCGUGAUGCUAUUCUCCGCUCCCUCUUAUAGUAUUUGAACAUAAAUAUUUUUUUUAUUGUUAUGUAUUUGUAUGACGUAACGUGUAGGCUUUAUUUAUUUAUUCAGCUCUAUCGUCAUCAUUUAUAUCUUUUUCCUUAACAUUUUAUGUGUACAUCUUAGGAUACGUACGAUAUGAUGCAACAACGAGCGUCAUACGUGUAUUAAAUUUUAUAGUCACAUUAUUGUUCGAUUAUAUCUUGUACUUGUGUAUUUAUUGUAAAUUUGUCAUUUUUCACAGAAAUCAGAAACAUAGUGAAAACAUCAAAGAUCUUGUACAUAUAAAGUAUACGCAACUAUGAUUCUAUAAAUUUUGUAAUUUUUAUUAGCAAGGAAUUUCCUUUCCCAGCAUUUUAUAUUUUAAUACAAUCUGAACACAUUUAAACAGCAAUACAUUUAUUUAAUACUUCCUGGUCAAUUAUCAAGAUUGUUACAUAUUCAAUUAUAAAUACUAAAAUCAAUAAUUAUACUUGUAUAAAUUAAAUCCAAUUUCAUAAGUAUAUUUGUAAUACUUUUGAGUAUUGAGAUCGAUUGAAUAUUAUUGAUAUAUACUUAAUAUCAAUUUCAAUCGAUAUUGUAAACUUCUCUUGUAUGUGUAUACAAACACAUGCAGAAUAGGAAUUGAAUAACCCACGAAUGCUGAAAGAUUUGUAGCAUAGAAUCUCACUGGACGAAAAUAUGAGAGAAAAAGCUAUGUUACUGAUUUUAAGUCUUCUGAGAAUACUCUUCUUAUAUAAACUGUUGAAAGAAGAAGCUAGAAUUAAGAAUCAUGUAAUCUAAUAUCUCGAGUGUAAGACCUUUCCUCUAACGAUAAUCUUAUGUUCAUUAUCGCUGUGCAAUAUACAAUUAAGUUGUAAAUAAAAGUUAGACACGUAUUUUUUACUCUUAAUGUA